GCAAUUGACUGAUUUUGGAGCAAAUUUUGGCCAAUUGUCAAAGAUGAAUUUACUCCUUUCGCGAACGAACCGUAGCUAAACUGGUAAAUUGGAAAUGCCGCGCUGCUAUCUGUGCAACUGCAGCUUUGCGGACGGAAAGGUGUACGAGCACAUGUUCGAAAAGCGCUGCAAUGCGACGGGCGACGAGCAGAAAACCCUGGCCCACAUCUUGGCCAUGGUGCUGGGCUAUCAACUGCAAGAGGAGCAGCUGCACUCGACGUUCGUGUGCAGCACCUGCAAGGUGAGCCUGCUCAACUAUGAGGAAAUGGAGCAUCAAUUGUUUCUGGCACGUCUGGAGAUAACAGAGCUGCACAAACGAACGGUCCAGCUAUAUGAGGCACGUUUUAAACGGGAGGAGGAGUUCCUAAGUGACGAAAACAGUUUGGAGUUGGACCUGAUUGAGCAGUGCUCGGUGAGCACAGACCUGAUCGAAGAGUGUCCGGAGCCAACAGAUACGAUUGUGGAUCAGUGCUUCGAGGAAAGAGAACUGAUUGAGCAAUGCUCUGAAGAUAUGGACUUGAUAGAGCAGUGCUCGGAGGAAACAGAUUCCGUGCAAGGCUUCAUCCCGCAGCAGCUCCCAAAAGCGAUGCCAGUUGCCGCAUCCGCAUCCGUACGCCCAAACAGCCUGACCUGCACGUAUUGCGGCAAGACGUUCGCCCGCCGUCAAGGUCUGGAGGAGCACGAGCGCGUCCAUACCGGCGAGCGACCAUACAAAUGCGACCUGUGCGAGGCCAGCUUCGCGCAGCGUGCCAACUGGCGCACCCAUCUGCUGACCAUACACCAGAACCAGGCGAAUUUCAAGUGCAGCAUGUGCGAGCGCAGCUUCAAGCGCAAGCGGCUGCUGGAGAAUCACAUCAAGUCGAAGCAUACGCAGCUGCGCGACCUCCAGUGCGAGCACUGUGAGGCGACUUUCACAAAUGCUGUGAACCUGCUGAAGCAUCUGCUGUGCCAUACCGGCGAGAAGAACUUCACCUGCCAGAUCUGUGGCAAGCAAUUCAGUCGCGCCGAGAAUCGCAAUGUGCAUCAUUUUGUGCACAGCAUGCGCAAGCCAUAUGCCUGCAUCGUCUGCGAUGAGGGUUUUAUGCGCAAGCAGCAGCUCCAGCAGCACAUUGUCGAGCAGAAGCAUCCGAAUCCAAAGAUCGUGCGCCGCAAGCCGCAGUUCAGUGCGGCCAACAACGACAAGCUGCUGCAACGGCCACUGAGCGAGGCCAACAAAGAAUCUCGUCGAUUCGAUGUCCCAAAUCAAAAACAGAACUGAAAACAAGUCAUUUACCAAAAAAGUAUUCACCCACAAAUAUGUUAUUUCGUUUAUAAGAAAUGCUAAAAAUAUAUGGCACAUCUCAUA